CGACCCUGGUUACCAAGGAGAUCGGUUUACUUGGACUAAUAAACGCAUGGGCGAUGCUUGCAUUCGUGCACGUCUGGAUAAAGCGAUAAGCUCUCAGUCUUGGAUGGAUACAUACCCGGAGACUCUAGUCAAACACUUCACAGAUCAGGGGUCAGACCAUCGUGCUCUUCUCCUUGCUGAUAAACCAUAUGUUCGUACUAGUCGACCGCUGUUUCAUUUUGAUGCCCGAUGGGCGGAUAAUCCGGAGGUCAGGGCCAUGGUCAACUAUGUCUGGCAGGAGGAGGUCCAAGGCACCCCUAUGUUUCGACUGUGGGAACGCCUAAAGAAACUCCGUCAUCUGCUGUAUGAUUGGAGUAGGGCGGGCACGACUAAUUCCCUGCGUAAUAUUAAGACGCUUCAGGCCGAAAUUGAUAGGAUAAAAUUGCUCCGCCCGGUGGAUUGGGAUGAGGUCAAGAAGCUGGAGAUGGAGCUAUCCCGCUAGUGGGAAGCAGAGGAGGUGUUCUGGCAACAGAAAUCAAAGGUAAAAUGGUUA